GCAAGGACCGUUUUGAGAACCAGAAGGUAAAAUUCUCGCCAUGGGAAGUGCUUGGAGGGCACGAGCGUCUCUCGUCGUUUCAGCAAUCGUUUUGUUCGGAAGUUUAUUUGCAUUUUCUGUUGCGAAAGAGGAAGCCACCAAGUUGGGUACCGUUAUCGGGAUUGACCUUGGGACAACUUAUUCAUGUGUUGGUGUUUACAAAAAUGGGCAUGUAGAAAUCGUAGCCAAUGACCAAGGCAACCGUAUCACCCCAUCAUGGGUCGGCUUCACUGAUGGUGAGAGAUUGAUUGGUGAAGCUGCAAAGAAUCAGGCAGCUGCCAAUGCUGAGAGAACCAUCUUUGACGUCAAACGUCUUAUUGGAAGAAAAUUUGAGGACAAAGAAGUUCAAAGAGACAUGAAGCUGGUUCCUUACAAGAUUGUGAACAAGGACAAAAAACCUUAUAUUCAAGUCAAGAUUAAGGAUGGGGAAAACAAGGUUUUUAGUCCUGAGGAGGUUAGUGCUAUGAUUUUGACUAAAAUGAAGGAAACGGCUGAAGCAUUCCUUGGGAAGAAAAUCAAGGAUGCUGUUGUUACUGUUCCAGCUUACUUCAAUGAUGCCCAGAGGCAGGCUACCAAGGAUGCUGGCAUCAUUGCUGGACUGAAUGUUGCAAGAAUUAUAAAUGAACCCACUGCGGCAGCUAUUGCCUAUGGGUUGGACAAAAAAGGUGGUGAGAAGAACAUCCUUGUCUUUGACCUUGGUGGUGGGACAUUUGAUGUCAGUAUUUUGACUAUUGAUAAUGGCGUUUUUGAGGUUCUUGCGACUAAUGGGGACACUCAUCUAGGAGGUGAGGAUUUUGAUCAGAGAGUCAUGGAAUACUUCAUCAAAUUGAUCAAAAAGAAGCAUGGAAAGGACAUCAGCAAGGACAAUAGAGCUCUUGGGAAGCUGAGGAGAGAAUGUGAGCGUGCCAAGAGAGCUUUGAGCAGCCAGCAUCAGGUCCGUGUGGAGAUUGAAUCUCUCUAUAGUGGUUUGGAUUUCUCUGAACCACUGACCAGAGCACGUUUCGAAGAGUUGAACAAUGAUCUAUUCAGAAAGACAAUGGGACCUGUUAAGAAGGCCAUGGAGGAUGCUGGAUUGGAGAAGCGCAAAAUUGAUGAACUUGUUCUUGUUGGCGGAAGCACCAGGAUUCCCAAGGUUCAACAGCUUCUAAAGGAUUAUUUUAAUGGGAAGGAGCCCAACAAGGGUGUGAACCCAGAUGAGGCAGUUGCUUAUGGUGCUGCUGUACAAGGAGGUAUCUUGAGUGGAGAGGGUGGUGACGAAACCAAAGAUAUCCUUCUCUUGGAUGUGGCCCCUCUCACUCUUGGUAUUGAAACUGUUGGCGGGGUGAUGACCAAGUUGAUACCUAGAAACACUGUCAUCCCAACCAAGAAAUCUCAAGUUUUCACUACUUACCAAGAUCACCAGCAAACUGUCACCAUUCAGGUGUUUGAAGGUGAAAGAAGCCUGACAAAGGACUGCAGGCUGCUUGGGAAAUUCGAUUUAACUGGAAUCGCUCCAGCUCCAAGAGGAACUCCUCAGAUUGAAGUCACGUUUGAGGUUGAUGCCAACGGUAUUCUAAAUGUUAAGGCCGAAGACAAGGCCUCCGGGAAAGCAGAGAAGAUCACUAUCACCAAUGACAAGGGUCGACUGAGUCAGGACGAGAUUGAGCGUAUGGUGAAGGAGGCUGAGGAGUUUGCUGAUGAAGACAAGAAGAUGAAGGAAAAGAUUGAUGCCCGAAACAGCUUGGAGACUUUCGUUUAUAACAUGAAGAACCAGAUCAAUGACAAGGACAAGCUUGCAGACAAAUUAGAGUCUGACGAGAAGGAAAAGAUAGAAACAGCUGUUAAAGAGGCCCUUGAGUGGAUGGACGACAAUCAGAACGCUGAGAAAGAGGAUUACACGGAGAAGCUAAAAGAAGUGGAGGCCGUUUGCAACCCAAUCAUCACAGCUGUUUAUCAGAGGUCUGGUGGACCUCCUGGUGCUGGAGCUGGUGCAGAGGAUGAUGAUUCACAUGAUGAGCUUUAGAAGAAUUGAUGUUCAUAAAACGAUUUUGGCCUAAAUCAGAGAAGGUGAUUGACCAUCACCUUGUAUUUUCAUGGUAGAGUUAGGAGGAGAAAUAUAAUUUCUUCCAUCCUCUUAAUUUUGUUUAAUUAAUGUUUAGAGUGAAGACUCGUAUCAUUUACGUUCCAGUUGAAAACUGGAACUAGAUUCAUUCUUUUAA